CCCCGGAAGUGAGGUCUCAAAGUCCCUCCCUCCCCCAAGAUGGCAGCAUCAGAAGAGUUACUGCUGCCGCGGCUGCCCGAGCUGUUUGAAACCAGCAAGCAGCUCCUGGACCAAGUAGAAGCAGCAACUGAACCCACCGGUUCACGGAUGGUCCAGGACAAAGUGUUCAAGGGAUUAGACCUCCUUGGGAAAGUUGCCGAAAUGUUAACGCAGCUCGACUUGUUCAGCCGAAAUGAAGAUUUGGAAGAGAUUGCUUCCACCGAUCUGAAGUACUUGAUGGUGCCAGCGUUUCAAGGAGCCCUCACCAUGAAACAAGUGAACCCCAGCAAGCGCCUAGAUCAUUUGCAGCGGGCCCGAGAACAUUUUAUAAACUACCUAACUCAGUGCCAUUACUAUCAUGUGGCAGAGUUUCAGCUGCCCAAAAUCAGGAACAACUCAGCUGAAAAUAGCACUGCUAAUUCCUCCAUGGCCUAUCCUAACCUCGUUGCUAUGGCAUCUCAAAGACAGGCUAAAAUAGAGAGAUACAAGCAGAAGAAGGAGGUGGAGAAUAGGUUGUCGGCACUGAAAUCUGCUGUGGAAAGUGGUCAAGCAGAUGACGACUGUGUUCGUGAAUAUUAUCUCCUUCACCUUCGGAGGUGGAUUGGUAUCAGCUUGGAGGAGAUUGAGAGCAUUGACCAGGAGAUAAGAAUCCUGAGAGAAAAAGACUCUUCCAAAGAGGCAUCAACAUCUCACUCAUCUCAUCAGGAAAGGCCUCCAAUGAAACCCUUCAUUCUCACUCGGAAUGCUACCCAAGCCAAAGUGUUUGGAGCUGGCUAUCCGAGUCUUGCAACCAUGACUGUGAGCGACUGGUACGAUCAGCAUCGCAAGUACGGAGCAUUACCAGAUCAAGGAAUAGCCAAGACCCCAGCUGAGUUCCAAAGAGCAGCUCAACAACAGGAAGACAAAGAACAACAUGAGGAAGAGGAGGACGAAAACACAAUCCACCGAGCAAGGGAGUGGGAUGACUGGAAGGACACCCAUCCAAGGGGCUAUGGAAACCGACAGAACAUGGGCUAAGCUUCCCCAAACCGGAUAGGACUGCAGGGCGCACACCUUCCCUACCAAGGAAAACCAUGCAGUCUCCCCUCCCUGGGCUCCUGCUUCAGCUGUGUACAACGAAGGCAAAGACAGUAAAUCUUGCCUUGCGUUUAAUAAAGUGUUGAAUGAUUAAAUGUGUAUUUGUACCCUAGAUGAUAAGCCAUCUAUCUUGUUUUUAGCAUUAUCAUCUUCAUCAUGGUGUAUUUCAAUUUCUCAAGCGGAAGGAAAAGAAUACUGAUAAUGGCUCUGUAUAAUCAAUUGCUGUGUGAUUUCUCCCUGAAAAAUAAUAAAAAUCCAUUGUACUCUCUAA